AUGAUGUCUUCGCUCGACAGCGACCUCCACAAGGCAGAAGUCCUCACACUUGAGAACAUCGAGUCGGACAAGAAACCCAGCCAAACAGCCGAUUAUACACCUGAAGAAUUGAAAAGAGUAGUCAGAAAACUGGAUCUGAACCUCUUGCCGCUAUGCUUUAUACUAUAUACGUUCUCCGUCUUGGACAGAUCCAACUUGGGAAAUGCAAAGUUGGUCGGAAUGAAAGACGACAUCGAUAUAUCAGGCAACCGCUACGAAUGGCUCGGUAACAUCUUCUACAUCGCCUACAUCAUCUUCCAGUUCAACACUCUCGGAUGGAAGAUCUUCAAACCCCACAAAUGGGUCGCAUUCGUCGUCAUGUACUGGGGUCUAGCUAGUACCCUCCAAGCAGCAGCCUUCAACUGGAGUGGACUGAUGGCUUGUCGAUUCUUCCUCGGAUGGGCCGAGACCAUGUUCGGCCCGGGAAUUCCGCUAUACUUCUCCUUCUUCUAUCCUCGCGACAAGCUAGGAAGGAGAUUCGGAAUCUUCCUCGCUGGAUCUGCGCUUGCAAAUGCGUACGGGGGCGCCCUGGCGUACGGGCUUGGGCAUGUCCAUUCAAAGAUCUCCAGCUGGCGCUUUUUGUUCAUCAUCGAGGGUGUCCCGACAGUUCUGCUUGCUGUUGUUGCUUGGUUCUGUAUCCCGGAUUCGCCAUCUGAGGCUCGGUUCUUGACGCCUAGAGAGCGGGAGAUCGCUCAGGCUUAUGCGAAUAACCAGCCUGGGGAUUAUAAGCAUGAGGGGUUGCAGUGGAGCCAACUGGGGGAUGCUUUCAAGGAUUAUCGGAACUAUAUGUUCGCACUGCAAAACUUUUGCAACAACGUCAGCUUCGCCUCACUUCCAUUAUUCCUGCCAACCAUCGUAUCGGAAAUGGGAACCUUUACCGAAGUACAAUCGAACGGAAUCACCGCAUCACCUUACCUUUUGUGUUUCAUUCUGAUCAUCGUGGUCUCGAUGAUAUCAGACAAACUCCGCAUGCGAGGCCCCUUCGCCGCGUUCUUCGCCGUCCUCUCUGCGAUAGGCUUCAUCCUCCUCGGCACAACCGACACUGUUGGCCCACGAUACCUGGGAACCUUCCUUGCAGUGAUGAUUUUCGUGACAACUUCAAUCGUGUUGAUUUGGAAUUCGAAUACCAAUUCCACGGGCUCGAAGAAGGCUGGCGGAUUAUGGAUUAUGAUGACCGUUGGACAAUGUGGGCCGUUGCUCGGUACAAACGUGUUCCCUGAUGCGGAUAAGCCGUUCUAUCGAAAGGGAUCGUGGAUAUGUUGUGCGUUUGCCCUGUUGUCGGCAGCCACGGCUUCUACCUUGAGCUUCUUGCUCUGGAGGGAGAAUAAGAGAAGAGACCGGAUUUAUGGACCUGUGCGGGAGGGUACUCAGGUUGAUAUGAGUUCUACUGAGAGUCAGGAGGCGAACCUGAGAUAUAUCAUCUAG